AGAAAGAAGCGGAGUGGAAGGAGCGAGAGACGCUUGAAGCGGCACACCGCAUUAAAACGAACCUUUCAACCCUCCCGGACUUGAUCUCAUGCGCAGCCAGGAUGGCACAGUCUGCCGUCAGAAGUUUGAUGCGGCGUUUCUAGUCACAGUUGGAUUUACUUUGGACUCUUGGUGAAUUUGCGCUGCGCUGUAAACUCUGACGUGUGCCGUUUUGAUAGUUCUGCUUCUCUGCGUUUUGGACGGACGGAGAGGCUUUUUCGCCGCGUCCUCCCCUUCGGGUGGAUUUGAGAGAAAUGAGUGAGAGGAGGCGAUCUGCCGCAGCUCUGAGCUCGAGAGCCCACGCUUUUUCCGUGGAAGCCCUGAUCGGCUCCAACAAGAAGAGGAAGCUCCGGGGCUGGGAGGAGAAAGAGCUGGAGUUGUCCAUGGAGAGCCUCGCCACGGACGGAGAGGACCAGGCGCACUGUCUGGAUAUGGACCCGGACUCGGAGGCGAGUCCCGGCUCCGACGGAGAGGGUCUGGCCGAGAGGACGUCGUGCUCAUUUGGCUCACCCGCCGACUUGGCCCCCGGCCCCUGCAGUGACCCGUCGCCCCCGACCUCCAUGGAGGAGAUCCAGGUGGAGCUGCAAUGCGCAGACCUGUGGAAGCGCUUCCAUGACAUCGGCACAGAGAUGAUCAUCACUAAGGCCGGCAGGAGGAUGUUUCCUGCCAUGAGGGUAAAGAUCGCAGGACUGGACCCUCAUCAGCAGUAUUACAUCGCCAUGGACAUUGUGCCUGUGGACAACAAGAGAUACAGGUAUGUGUACCACAGCUCGAAGUGGAUGGUGGCGGGAAACGCCGACUCCCCGGUGCCUCCACGGGUCUACAUCCACCCAGACUCCCUGGCCUCAGGAGACACCUGGAUGAGGCAGGUGGUCAGCUUCGACAAGCUCAAACUCACCAACAACGAACUGGACGACCAGGGACACAUCAUCCUCCACUCCAUGCACAAGUACCAGCCUCGUGUUCACGUCAUCAGGAAGGACUUCAGCAGCGAACUCUCUCCAAACAAGCCGGUGCCGAGCGGCGAGGGAGUGAAGACCUUCAGCUUCCCCGAGACCGUCUUCACCACCGUCACCGCCUAUCAGAACCAGCAGAUCACCAGACUAAAGAUCGAUCGCAACCCGUUCGCCAAAGGAUUUCGGGACUCCGGCAGAAACAGGACCGGCCUGGAGGCUAUCAUGGAGACUUAUGCUUUCUGGAGACCUCCUGUGAGGACGCUGACGUUUGAAGACUUCACCAACAUGCAGAAACAGCAAGGUGGAAGCACAGGAACUUCUCCCACCACCUCCAGCACAGGAACCCCGUCCCCCUCUGGUGCGGCGCACCUCCUGUCCCCCUCCUGCUCCCCUCCCACCUUCCACCUUGCUCCCAACACCUUCAAUGUGGGCUGUAGGGAAAGCCAGCUCUGCAACCUGGGCCUGUCUGAGUACCCAGCCUGUGCCCGCAGCAACAUGGCGGCCCUGCAGGGCUAUGGUGGCCUGGCUGACAGUUCCUACGGACGCCUCCAGGCUGCAGGGGGCGCUGUGGCCUCUGCUCAGUCUUCUGAAUCCUUCCUGCCACAGAGGACUUCCUCCUUGAUUGCUGCUGGUAUGCAGGGUGGCGCUCAUCCAUCCCUGACUGGUGGCAGUGGCGGCAGUGGCUCCGGAGGCAAGAUGGACACCUACGGUGGUCAGCUCGGCUCCUUCCCAGCCUCGCAGCUUCAGUACGUGAUGCAAGCCGGAGGCGGUUCGAGCGGAGCCUCAUCCUCCUCAUCCGGAUCCUCCCCAUCCUCCGCCCACAUGUUCAGCGGGGGCCACCACCACGUGCAGCAGGGCUCCUACAAUGCUUUCUCCCUGCACAACCCUUACAACCUGUACGGAUACAACUUCCCCACCUCUCCUCGCCUGGCCGCCAGCCCGGAGAAGCCUCAAGGAGGUUUGCUCUGCUCCUCCUCGUCUGCUGGGGCCUUCGCUGAGCGUCAGUACCUGUCCAACGGAGGCAUGGACACGAUGCACAUGAUUGGCAACCCCACCGGUGGCCAGCAGGGCAGCGGCUCCUGUGACGGUCGUCAGUAUGGCUCCUCCUCUCAGAUGUCCAUGCACAUGGUGUAGAAACCGACAUCGAACCUCACAGUCCGCCAUGUUUUUAAAGUUUUUCAGGUGAGAAGCAAAUCCCUCAUCGAUGAACCCAGUUUGGCAUCAAUGUCAAACAGGUGUUUUCACAUGAAAUGUUAACGUACUGAAGUACAAACAAACCUUUCAGAAAAGGAUAUCAUCUCAUGUUUUUGUUUUUAAAGACUCCCCGCCACUUACAAAGCAAUAUAGUGGGAGUCAAAGUAUUAUUAAAUUAUCUAUGUAUUAAUAAAGUGAAAAAUUGGGAGAGCAACUUAAUGCUCUUACAGUUUCUGACGGGAAACCAACAACAAAUGGUGCGAGGAGAGAGAGGAGCCCACACGCACUGCUUCAGGAGGAUUAUCAGUUGUGAAUAUGUAGCGGUGCAAUAGCAGCAAUAGCCUCUUCAAGUGACUCACUCCUGAUUUUGGGGACUCAAAGGCCAUCGGGUCACGACAUCCUGUAACCAAAGAGUCUUCACUGGGAUCCAGAAGUUUUUGACUUCACGCAGCACUUGAGUCGUAUCAUUUUAGAAAUGUCAAGGGGUCAGCGCUGCGUCCGUCAUGGUCUGAAGUUUGGGCCGGAAUGAAAGGGACAACUGGACAAGAUUACAGAGUGACUCACUGCUCUACAUAUACGCAGGAGCGUGCACAGGGAGGUAUCUGUGCGCUGCGGCGGACCGGGUCGAUGUGCCAAACACGCUGAACACAACACAUGGACGCAGUAAGUCAAAGAAGUGUAGGUCAGGUCGACAGAGGGAUUACGUCUUCAUCCUGAAAACUCCCAGCGGUGUGGACACGAGGACAUCAACCCGCUCUCCUCAUAGACUGGAAUGGUUUCACUAGGUUUCACUAGGUUUGAGUGGAUUAUGUUUUAAGCAUAUUAUAUAUAAAUAAGAUGGCAAAUGCAAUCAAUAACAUAAGCUUAACGGUUGUUGUGUGAAAAGUUGUAAAAGAAGCAAUAGCAAAACAGAGUUUUUGUUUUUGGUGUGUUGUAGAGAUGUGUAUUUAAGUGCUGAGCAAUAUAACGAUUUUACAGGCCCAUCGGUGAUCAAAUGUGUGAAAAAAAGGGAAAUAGCAAAAUGAUUAUUCUUUUGAGGCAUUUAAAAAAUGUAAAUACAGGUGCCAAGCACAUAAAAAGCUCAAUAAAAUGUUUAAUUCA